CCCGUAUUUUCGAUUUUCGUGAAGAAGAAAAACGGGGAAAAAAACACGCAUAUACAUCCUCCCUCCGGCAUCUUCGUUUUCCGAUUUUGAAAUUGGGCCAAGAGUUCCGACCUAAUCAAUUGGGGACGGGACUUUUCUAAAAUCCCUUCGAAGUUCGCUUGCCGUUGGAGAAAAUGGGUUUCUGGACUUUGCUAGAAGGGCUUCUGCUUUUUGCAAAUGCACUGGCUAUUCUGAAUGAGGACCGAUUCCUUGCUCGAAGAGGGUGGACGUUGGCUGAGCUUCCAGGAGGUAGAAGAAAUUCACUCAAGGGACAGAUGAUUGGACUCAUACAUGCAUGCCAAUACAUGAGACUCCCACUUAUGAUAUUGAAUAUCAUCAUAAUUGUUGUCAAGCUGUUCUCUGGUUAGAAUUGCUGUUUGUGUUAGAAAUGACCAAUAUCACUACUUCACUAGAAUGAUUUAUAGAAGCAGGGGGCAUGCUCUUUUAGUCUCA